ACGAAUACUUCCGUCAUAAGUUGAUAGGAAACUUUGGCAGUUUGGCAAGAAAGGACGGAUUAUUUAUGCUGAUGUGUGAAAUAUUUUCUUCUAUAUUGCUGUAAUUUUGACUCUUAGUAUCCAACAUGGCACACGAAGAAGAUAAUGGCACCGAACAGUCGUCUGAACAUUGGUUAAAUAGCUUUGAAGAGGAGUGUUUGGAAGAACUUGAUGCAGAACCCAAUAUGGCGGAAACCCUUCAAGCACAGAGGGAAUACGCAACACAAAAACUUUUUUUUCAUUUUCAGAAUUCAGCAACGUCUAUAGCACAAUUAUACAAAGAUCGACAGAGUGGGCUUUCAUUAUUUAUACCAUUUCAGAAUGCUGCUGCAUCUGUAACUAGUCUUUAUAAAGAUAGUGUAGAUUCUCUCAGACGAUGUGUAGAUGUCGGUGUUCAAAGAGGACGGCAACAUAGAACAAAGGAUAUUGUUGCAUGGGCAAAGAAGAGGAGAAGGCAUAUACGUAGAGAAGAUCUGCUUGCCUUUCUUUGUGGAAAGUCUCCUCCUUCUAGAAAUCGGUUGUCAGGUCCAAUAGUUCGCCAUACAUCUUCCUCCAGGCUUAGUGGAUUGGAGAGGUCUCAUUCCCCACGUGUAUCUGGUGCAGAAGGAUGUGAGCCAUCACCAGAACCAGAUCUACAAGCAUUUAGAGAAGCCAUUGCCCUUCAAGGACUAAACGGUGCAAUGUCAAACAUCAGUGUGGACUACAAUAGGCCUCAUGGUACACCAAGUACACAACUGCCUCGCAAUAAUAAUAUGGAGGAACUGAAUCGCUUUAUAAUGGAUGAAAUUUCCCAAAAUUAUGAUUCAUCACGAAAGAGGACAUCCUCCCCAGACGUGUUAAUGGACUCCCCAUCACGGAAAAGAAGUCGAUUCAGCUGGAGGGAUUAAACUUAAAUAGUGCACAAUUUUCUGAUGAUUUCAUUGCUGCCUACAAGUAUAAGGAAAAAUCAUCAGAUAAUGUAUUCAGAUACACAACUACUGUACUGUGAAUGGGGAUGUAUCAUUUGUCAAAACAUAUUUACAGAUUGUUGUUUUUCUCUCCCUCUCUCUCUCUUUUUCUCUUGUCUGUUUAACUAUGAGAUAGCUUACACUUAAUUUUCCAUUAUGAUGUAUUUAUUAUAUAGAAUUCCUCUGUCAGACUGUAAAAAUAAUUUCAACUAUUAUACAAGGAACCUUUCAUUUGUUAACUUUAUGCCAAAUAGUUUUCAAAUUCAUUAUCCACAAUUUUAUAGCAGUUACAGGUGAAUGUGAAUACAUAUAUAUAUAUAUAUUUAUAUUUAUAAUAUUAUCUUUGAAUUGCAUUACAAGAUAUUUAACUCUUUUCAAAGGUUCAAUGUCAUUUUUCUUCCACAAUAGACAUUUAGUGUUUCUUGUUAUUGAAAGCUAUAGAAACUUUCAUUGCAUUUAAUUUGAAUAUUCCUUUUUCGUUUGGAAAUUUAAAAAAAAUCAUUUAGAUUAAAUUUGAUGGAGUUAAAUUACACUCAACAAUUAUGAACAAAUACAGUGUGAAAAUUAGCACCAUAAUGUUAAUUGUCUCCUUUAUUCAUAUAUUCUCUUAAUGAUGCAUGCAUUUAUUUUUUUGUUAUGAGUGAAAAAUAAUGCAUAUCUAAGUGUACACACUUAAAACUGCAAAAAUAUGUAUCCCCAUUCACAUUCCAACAUACAUUAUUACAAAUUGAGUUUGUCAGCAGGAGAGAGAGUUAUAAUGUCUGUGAUGUAUAUUUUAUUCUGUAUGUCAUGCACAGCUAGUGUUCCUUUAUACAGAGUCUGCCAAAUAUGCUGUUUGAUUUGUAUUGCUGCAUAUUAUUAAAAGUAAGAGCUAAAAAGUCUUUAAUUUUAUAUAUAGUUCUGUGUAGGAGAUUGUUCCAAAGGUUUACUGUGUAAACUGAACUCAGUGAUGUGGCUUGUCCUCGGGUAUAAUGCUGAGGUGGAAAGCUCAGAUUGCAUGAAACAGAGUGUGUGUGUUUAUUUUUACGUGGUAUAUAUCUGAUGCAGUAUUGGAGAUCUGUUGUUAUGGAAUUCCAUUUUAGAAUGUUUUAUCUUAAGAUAAUUGUAAUUAUUUGUUGUAAAUUGUUACUAUAAACUUAUUGUUUAAACAAAACAAAACAAAAAUGAUGUAAUUGAAAUUAAGAAUGUUAACAUCUAAUUUGUAUGGUAUUGAUUUGGAUAUUAUGAAUUUUUUUCCAUUGAGUGAUACUAAAUAUUUUCAUGAAAUAAUCAAACAUCAGGAUGACAAGACGAUCAACUGGAAUAAUCAGCAAUUCAUUUAAUUGUUUUCACUCACAUGACCUUUGUUUCUGGAUAAAUUCAUUUGUCAUGAAGUCUUAUGAAAAAUAGUAAAUACAUAUAUGUAGUCAAGUAAUAUGUAUAUUUUCAUUCUUGGUACAGGUCAUUUUUAACUCCAUACAUUGCUUUCUAAUUUCUACAAUUGGUACAUACCUGGGUAGUCAUUUUUCCCCCUUAAUGGAUAAACUUUUUCCAAUACAUUUUGCAUCUGCAUGAAGUACUUUUUUGUUGUUCCAAAAUAACUUAACAUAAACGAUAAAAUGUAAGCACUUUCAUUGUCAAAAUUCAAGUACCCAAAAUUAGUAUUGUUUUGUCUCUGUUUGAAAAUAUUUCUUUCAAUAUAUUACAAUAAACUAGUUCAAAUAAAUAUUUUGUAAUUUGAUGUUUUAUUCAGCAAGGUGUGUUUUUGUUUAUUCUAAGUUGCAUAAUACCUGUUAGAUAGAUUUUAUUUCAACUUGAUGUUGGUAGCCUGAAUAGAACAGACAAACACUGUAAAAUCAAAUGGGGGUGGGAGUCAAACUUUGUGUUGUAGAUAUUUUUGUUAUAUACUGUUACAUAGGCACCUGUUUUCAAAUUGAUAAUUUGUGAAAUGGGUUUUCUAAAAAAGAUAAUUCAUGCAAUUACAAUAUGUAUGCGGGAGAUGUAUGGUCAGAAAUACAUUUGGGUUAUUAAAUGAUGAACUUUGUAUAACAUGUUUGAAGAAAAAAUUAGAAUUUUUGUAAUCCUUUAACUUUCUUGCUUCCAUAAAGUAAGGCUAGAAAAGUAACAUUGGUAUGUUUAACCCAAUACUGAAGGACAAUUUGGCACAAAAACUACAACAACAGCAGCAUCUACCUGGUAAAAUGUAGGAAUAGAUUACAAAUUCAAGUAUUAAUCAUAAAUAACAUUUCAAGAAAAUCAUGCUUUUGUUUUCUAAAUUGAAAUGCAGAUCAUUUUUAGUAUAAAUGAAACCAAAGUUGAAAGGAUUACAUUUCCUUAUAGAUAUUAGUUAUAUAAAGAAUAAAUAUUCCCUGAAAUGUUUACAACUCUUCACAAAACAAAAAUAUCGCUGAAAUAAGAUGCAAUUUACAUUAUAAGCAUUAAAAGUGAUGCUUGUUUUGUAGAUUAUCUUAAUUGAAGAAUUUAGAUAAUACAUUGUAUUUAUUUUUUCAGACCUGAUGUUUCAAAGUAAAAAGAAAUAUCAAUAUAGUUUCUUCAUGAAAAGUGUACAGUCUGUAUUUGCAUCUAUACAAUAAAUAAUAAAAAUCAUACGAAUUGUAUCUGUUACAUUUAUAUAUGAUACAAUGAAGCAGAUUUGUAAAAAAAAAAAAAAAAAAAAAAACAGAAAAGGGAAAUCAAAUAUUCACACCAAAUGAAAUGUACCACAUCCUUAAUUUCAAUUUAGUAUCUCCAUUUUAUUUCCGUAUAAUUAUAAAUAUAGCUUACAGGAGGUAGUUAUGAGCAGAUUACUCUGUAAAUCAGAUUUAGAAACUCAAUGCAACUCGGCUUUAAUAAAUGAUUUUUUUUUUUGAGAUUUCAAUGGAAUCGCAUUUGAGACAUUAGUAUGUUGCAUAAUUGUUGUAUGCAUAUGCAAUUGUACAACAAUUGAACCACUGUGUUUUGAUAUUAAUGAAAUAACAAUAACACUAUUUGUAAGUAUAUAGAAUGUCAUGUAAGAGGUACCACUGGAAAUGUCAAAUCGCAUACUCCUAACUUAAUACAAAAAUAUUUAACUAUGGAAUUAUUUAUUGUAACUUGAAGGAAUUUACAUUUUUUGUGUGCUUUUGUUUCUAUUGUUCUUAAAUUUCUACAAGAGGUCAGUGUGGUAUACUCACAACACUAUAUUACGAUGUAUUGUAUUUGUUGGUUUGUUUUGUUGACAAGAACAUAAGAUGGACAAAUAGUACAUGUAUAAGAUAAAGGAAGGACCGUGUGUUGGUGAACGAAAGAAGGUUAAGGUAGUAAUGCAUGAAUGAGGGUCAAUAAGGACAACAAUUGUGAAUGGAGUAUGGUUGCAUCUACAUUUAGUAAAAAUGAUCAAUAUCUUACUGAAUAGGUUUAUUGUGCAAGUGAUCUAAUGAUUAUCAUUGCGUUCAGAGUAAGAUAUUAUUUUGGUUUGGGAUGAGUACUCGUGUGUAUUCACCAAUAAAAGAAUACAAAAACUGUAUUCUGUGGUAAUAAACGAUUGUAGAUGUCAA